GCCUUAGCUUACACUUGUAAUCGAACAUUCAUGAUUUUUUACGCGACAAUUGCUUAGGCCGAUAACUAUCUAGAAAGCUACUUUGAGGGUGGAACGAGCAAUAUGGACUCUCCAGAUGCGCUUAACAUCGAUCCUUCCCAGCUUCAGUUAGAAACAAUAGCAGAGGGUGUAGUAUCUGUUGUUUCGCGUGCAACAGUUACUUGCGAUGGCCAACAAACACGAGUGAUAGCUGUAAAAUCAUCCACGAUCCACGAGGAUUAUGUUCGUGAACCCCACGACAUCGUAAAAGAACUUAGGAUCUUGGCUUCACUAUCACACCCAAAUGUCGUCUCUAUUCUUGGCUUCAAGAUCAACAGAAAAACCGAGAACCUGAAAUUUUGGAUGCCCUUUGUGCAAUAUCGCCUGUCAGAUCUCCUUUCUACGCUGAAUUUCUCCCCUCACCCUCUCGUCUCGUUGAUGGACUCAAGUGGGCCGACUCCGAAAGAGCAACGUUUCGUGGUGUUAGCCAAAUCAAUCAUGUUUCAGGUCAUCUGUGCUGUUGCAUACUUACACGACCCAUCCCGCAAAAUCGCACACCGUGAUAUCAAACCUACUAACAUUCUUCUCACCGAAACUGGCUAUGUCAAACU